AAUGUCACUUCAAAAACAUAUAUUUUAAGUAAACUCAUUUUGAUAAACAUAAGGAAGCACCACCAAAAAAGCCAUUGACUGCUUAUUUCUUGUUUUUAGGAGAUGAGAGAUAACAAAUUAUGAAAAAUAAUCCUGGAUCAAGAAUAUCAGAAAUUACAUAAAUUGCAGCGUAAUGAGAUACAUAUAAAUUUUAUAGAAGAAUGUGGUCAGAAUUAGAUUAAAAAAAGAAGGAAGAAUAUUAAAAAAGAACAGAAGAGUUACAAAAAGAAUAUGAAGUAAAAAAAAAAGAAUAUGAAGUAAAAUUUGGUGAAAUUAAAAAAAAAUCAAAAAAAAAGAAACAUUAAAAUAAUGAUGAUGAUUAAGAGUAUGAGAAAAAGAUAACUAAAAAAGUUAGAAAAUGA